CUGAUCCUAAUAUGGAAUUCAGCAGGAAACCCAUGAUUUCCUGACAUACAGCAAACUGGAGAAAAUAAAAGGAUUGCAUGAAAUAAAAAGAACAAGAGACAGAGAGACAGAGCCCCUCCAUUAAAUUGUCCCAGUUUCCACUUUCUCUUUGGAAAUGCAAUGGAAAAUGGAAUGGAUUUAGCACGAAUCCCUGAUUUUUCAGGCCAAACUGGAGCAGAGGAGCAGACAUUCAGCUCCUCAGAUUGCAGCUAUUUUUAAGCCGUGUGAAAUACCACAGUCUCUGUUUCCAAGAUGAAGAUUUCCUGACUUGAACUAACGACACGCGUGUCGAUUGUCUAUUUAUUCCCUCACAGAGUUCUCUGUGGCUUGAAGAGAUCAAGUGUGCAAAUUGAAGUUAUGAUUUUGUGAUUGUCUACCAUGCAGCAGCAACAACAAUAGCAACAAAAAACCUCAUUCAAGAAGAAGCCUGCUAUCAACAACUGCAAUCUUCCUUUGGGCUCUGUGCUCUUUCAUGUGUGCUUGUGAAAGCUGGAAGGAAAAAAGAAAAGCAGGAACAACCAGGAUGAGUGGCAAAGAGGAAGAGCCCGGCUAUUCAGAUGGCAGCAUAAAGAAGAUGCUCAAGUGUGUGGUGGUUGGUGACGGAGCUGUUGGCAAGACCUGUCUGCUGAUGAGUUACGCCAACGACGCAUUUCCAGAAGAAUAUGUACCAACAGUGUUUGACCACUAUGCAGUUACUGUCACAGUUGGAGGCAGGCAACAUUUGCUUGGACUUUAUGACACUGCAGGACAGGAGGACUACAAUCAACUAAGACCCCUCUCAUACCCCAACACAGAUGUGUUUUUGAUCUGUUUCUCUGUGGUAAACCCUGCCUCCUACCACAAUGUCCAAGAGGAAUGGGUGCCAGAAUUGAAAGUCUGCAUGCCACAUGUGCCUUAUGUUCUGAUAGGAACACAGAUUGACCUUCGAGAUGACCCCAAAACUUUGGCUCGUUUACUAUACAUGAAAGAGAAGCCCCUGACUUAUGAACAUGGCAUCAAAUUGGCUAAAGAGAUUGGAGCCCAGUGCUACUUAGAGUGUUCAGCUUUGACCCAGAAAGGCCUGAAAGCAGUCUUUGAUGAAGCAAUCCUCACAAUCUUCAGCCCAAAGAGAAAGAAGAAACUUUGUGCCAAGUGUUGCAGCUGCUGUUCAGUUCUAUGAUGCCUGGAUAUCAAAGUGGACCAGUGCUGCCAGUUAAUAGUCCAGACCUGCACAGAGGGACAUGACCAGAAAAAAGCUGCUUUGUAAAGUGGUUCCUCCUAAUCUGUGAUACCUCUCAAAUGGAACUUUAUAGACUUUUCAUGCCUUGCUUGUUUUUUUUUCUAAUCAGUGUGCAUCUGUAUAUACAAGCUCAUGUUGAGAUAACUUCACCCCAUUCAGGCAGCAGAUAAAGGAAAAAACUUAAGAAAUUCUUGAUAGAGUCAGGAUCCAUGAUGCACCUGGAAAGAAAAUAAAGUAUCUAAGGAUCCUAAUACUACAACAGAGCCAAGAAGAACCAGGUUUGUUCUUAGCAAUCCACAGCAAGAAAUUAGUAAAUUCCAGUAUGAAUAUGCAAUAAUGAUUGAACUUGAAACACAAAGUGUUUCGCAUUUAGAC